CAAUCCACGGAAAGAGCUGAAGAUGUCGGCUUGGUCAUGUGAUCAGCUGUGUCCAAUCACAGCUGAUCACAUGUAAACAGCCCCAUCAGUGCCACAUUUCAGUGCCCAUCAGUGCCACAUAUCAGUGCCCAUCUGAGCUGCCUUUCAGUGUCUCCAAUCAGUGCCAGUCAGUGCCACCUAUCAAUGCCAGUCAGUGCCACCUAUCAGUGCUGCCAAUCAGUGCCACCUAUCAGUGCCAGUCAGUGCCACCUAUCAGUGCCCAUCGGUGCUGCCUAUCAGUGCCACCUAACAGUGCCAGUCAGUGCCGCCUAUCAGUGCCAGUCAGUGCCCCCUAUCAGUGCCACCUAUCAGUGCCAUAUAUGAGUGCUGCCUUUCAGUGCCCAUCAGUGAUGCCUGUCAAUUCCCAUCAGUGUCACCUACCAG